AUGGACGGUACUUUCGACUCGUUCACGCAGUUCGGAGACGUGGCCUCCUUCAUUGUGGACAAAGAGAUCGAGAUUCUCGACCGACUGCAAAUCUUGCUGCAGGAAUGUAGUCCUAUUCUCUUGGCAGCACACGCAGCUCUGGCGCAAAUCGACUGUCUCGUGGCAUUUGCUAGGGCUGCCACGCUCUAUGACCUCAAGAGACCGACCUUGGUCGCGGAGCAAGUGAUCCGGCUGAAGGGUAGUCGACAUGCGCUCAAGGCGUUGUCUGACGAAAGUUUCGUAGGUCUCUUUCGGGGCGAGCACAUGGAAGAGAGGGUCACAGUGCUGAAAACAUUGUUUGCUGUACAGGUUCCUAACGACAUCGAGUUGCGAGGAGGACUCGGUCUACCAGUCGAAGAUGCUGAUAGGAACGUCAACAUGACCGUCGACGAGCAUGUCGCUCAAUCGACCGGAAGUCAAGAGCAGUCUCGUCCGGCUUUUCAAAGGGCCCCGACCACAGACGCUGUGACGUCGAACGCCCAACACAGCGUUAUGGUGUUGACGGGAGCGUGA